GCCGCGGGACGUGCGCGAAGACCAAGCAAGCGGCACACCGCACACGUGAUCGCGAGCCAACGUUCGAACCCAUGACAACCAUAACCUGACAGCCAUAACCGCGAAUGGAGUUGGUCUCGAGUCGCAUAAUCUGAAUUAGCGCCGUUAAUCGCGAUGCUGUCACGAACGAUGCUCCAACGAGCUCUGACCGGCAGAACGGCCUCCUGCCUAAGUCGCUUGUUGUCUCUGAAACAGGUAAACAAAUUCUCCGACUCCGCUGCCGCGCGAGAUGAGAGCGGCGGUGAGUCGCAUACCGGCGUGCCGAGGGACAGGCCUGCUGCCAGUGACGUCGAGAUUCCUUCGGGCGAGGAGAACGUGUCCCGCCUUCUGAAGGACGCUGCCACUUACAGCGACGCCAACGAUAAAAGCUGGUCGACGAGCCCUUACCCGGCCGACGUCCCGACCUCCGUCGAGGAGGUUGCCAAGCCUCAGAUCGACCCGUUAGACACCUGCAUCGUGCUGUUUCCAGGACAGGGCACCCUUAAGGUCGGCAAGGUGCAGAAGUACUUGCGCUUUCCGCAGGCGAGAGAACUGUUUGAGAUAGCCAACGAGAUUCUGGACUACAAUCUGCUGAAGCUCUGCCUGCAAGGCCCGCAGGAAAAGCUGGAUCAGACCCGCUUCAAUCAGCCUGCCACGGUGGUGAGUUCGCUGGCUGCGCUGGAGCAGCUGCGCGAGGAGAGGCCCAGGGUAUUCGAAACGUGUAAAGUCGCCGCGGGCUAUAGCGUAGGGGAACUGACCGCCCUGAUCUUCUCAGGCGCCUUAUCCUUCGAGGACGGCAUAAGAUUGGUCGCCGUGAGAGGCAACGCGAUGCAGUACGCCUCCGACAAGUGUCCUCAGGGAAUGCUAUCCGUCUAUUGUACUCCGGAGGCUAAAGUAUCACAGGCAUGCAACGACGCGCAAAAGUGGGCGCAGGAUUGCGGCGUAGAGGUGCCAGUUUGCCAGGUGGCGAUAUAUCUGCACACUCAAUCCAAGAUCCUGGCUGGGAAUACUCAGGCUCUCGAGUACAUAGAGAAGAACGCGAACAAGUACGGGUUUUCCAAGUUAGCCAGGCUACCGGUGUCGGGUGCAUUCCACACGAAGCUGAUGGAACCGACGCUCAAGUCCUUCGGCAAGAUGCUCUACACGAUAGAAUUCGAUGACUUUAGAUGCAGAGUCUUGUCCAAUUGCAAGGGGCACGAGUACGGCAAUACCAGGUUAAUUAGAAAAUAUUUGAUCAAGCAAAUCGUGUCACCUAUUAAAUGGGAGCAGAGCAUGCAGCUGCUGUACAAUAGACCAGAGGGAACCGCCUUCCCACGGACCUUCGACGUAGGAUCAGGAGGGAGAAUGGCGACGAUCUUAAAAUUAAUUAACGCAAAGGCGCAGGAUCACUGUAUAGUCGUCUAGUCUCUUUUAUAUUUCUCAACCAUCGACUUUCAAGAGAAAGUCGCCUUCCAGAGUCUGAAAAUAUAUUUGAAAAUGUUACUUUGUACAUACUUGUUGAUUAACUUUAUUAUUCAAACUGUGACUUGUGAAAAUAAAGAGGAUCAGAAUUGUAUUAAAUACGAAA